AACGAAACAACCCAGUCAUGCAAACGUCGUCCCUAAAAAGAAACAUUAAUUGAGUUUGGCGCGUCUCGCUAAUCAAGUAAACACUUGCUUUGAAAUCAACAUAAUUCACAGCGGUGAUUUUCUUUCCAAAAAUAAGAGACUGGGAGUUCCUUGAUUGUCUUUUGCUGAAUUGUGGGUUUUAUUUCGUCCGGCAAGCCUCGGCGAUCGCAAGUCAAGACAAAACCAUUUGUGUGUGCAUGGUGCACGCCGACUCAUCUACGUUUGCCCAUGGCAUGAGCAAGAAGGAGGUGUAUGGACAGGUUUUGGAGCAAGCGAGGGCGCUGUUUGAUGGGCAAAGGAAUUGGGUCUGCAACUUUUCAAACGCAGCUUCCCUCCUCUGGCAUGCUUACCACUCGCUACCAGCUCCUUCCUCAGCCGUUAAUUGGGCAGGCUUCUACUUCACCGACCGGUCAAAUCCUUCCCAUUUGCUGCUUGGUCCUUUCCAAGGGCAGGUAGCAUGUCAGGUUAUUGCCUUUGGGCGCGGCGUCUGCGGGAAGGCUGCUAAAGAAGCGAAGACGCAAUUGGUAGACGAUGUGGAAAAGUUCCCAGGACAUAUUGCGUGUGAUGGGGCGAGCCGGAGUGAGAUUGUUGUUCCGAUUGUCAAGGACGGGAAGGUGGUAGCGAUUAUCGACAUUGAUUGUGCGGAGCUCAAUGGAUUUACGACACAGGAUCAAGAGGCGCUGGAGGAGCUGGCGCAACUACUUGCUGAAUCAUGUGAUUUUUAAGAGGAAGCGACGACUGUAGGCCAAGGACAUGAUUUUGGCGACACAAAUGCGCCACUAGGAGCGAGAGAAGAGCAAAAAUGGCCCAUUGCGGGAUUUGGAGUAAAAAAGUAAGGCGUUGAUACGCAUCAUGAAGACAAAGACAUUGUACGGGAUUUAGUCGGCCUCGAAACAAGCGGAGGAUUGUAAUAAAGGCAUCGACCUUUGGAACACAAGGAAACAAUGGCAUGUAAACAAAAGGAUACCCGUUCGAAUGAAAAUCACCCAAGAGGUGUUUAUAUUGAAGCCCG